AUGUACGUGAGCUACCUGCUGGAGAAAGAGAGCCCCUCCAUGUACCCCGGCUCGGUGCGCCACGCGGGGGGGCUGAACUUGAGCGCCGCGCAAAACUUCGUGGGCGCUCCGCAGUAUCCGGACUACGGCGCCUACCACGUGCCCGCUGGGAUCGGACUGGACAACGCUCAGUCGCCAGGGUCGCCCUGGACAGCCGCCUACGGCGCGCCCCUGCGAGACGAGUGGAACGGCUAUGGGCAGGCGGGCGGCCCCGGGACGGCCCCUGCGGCCGCCGCAGCCCUGCACGGACCCAGCCCGGCCGCCUUGGCUUACAGCCCCGCCGGAGACUACCUCCCGCACCCGCACCACCCCUCCCAGGGACCUCCGGCGCCCCCCUGCGGGGUCCCCCCUUCCGCGGGGCUGAUGCAGCCUCUCAACCCGCCGCUCGGGUCGGAUCCUCUCUCCCCUGGCGGCCAGCGGCGGAACUUCUGCGACUGGAUGAGGAAGCCCACGGCGGGGGGACCCG